GAAUAAUAUGAGCGAAAAGCCUGUAGCUCAAGACCCGACCCCACAGCGCUGAGCAUGUUGACUCGAGCCAUUGCUUGGACGCUGUCUCCUGCGUCAAUCGGCCCACGCCCUUGCCUGUGAGAGGCUUAGAACCAAUAUGAUCAGCAUAUGGCCCUUGCUGGGCUCAGGGCCCGCCCACUCGUGCCUCUCGGCCCUUCGCUAUCGCUGAUCCCUGAUGAGUAAUGGAGCUCUUAUGGGCCUUUCGCCCUUCUCUCCACCCAGUACAACGGCAGCGGUGCUGAUGGCGUUUGCGCUUGCCGCCGUACAUGGCAGGAGUUCCAGCAGCGGAUCAGGAUGAAACUGCUGCAGUGCCCGUGCUGCGCCACGGAGGUCGAGCCGCAGCUGGUGUUAACGAUCUGGCAGCUCAACGACCCCAGCUCAACGCUACACGUCAUGACCGCAAACGGCAGUGUAGAGGCGCCUAAGCCCGUCUACUGCUGGCGGGUCUGCAAGUUCGACCGGCGCGUGCACGUCUUGGAGGAGGCGGAGGCGGCUCGCAGCAUCUCGCAGCGCGGGGUGAUGCUUGUGGCGACUGCGCACGGCACCGACCUGCGCUCCAUCAUGGGCAACCCCGACCUCAACAGCCUAGUGGGAGGAAUGCAGACUGUCAUCCUGGGCGACGCGGCGGCUGGGGCCGCGCAUGGCGGCGCCAAGACACGGACGGAGCGCCGCGGCGAGCCCACUUUCAGGUGCCUCGUGGAGGUGCAAGGCCGCGGAAUGCUGCGGCUGCGUCCGGACGUGGCUGCCAGUGUAGAUGCAUUGCUGGGUGGUGAUGACGCCCGCACCGGCGGCGGCCCUGGCGGCGGCGGCCGUGGCAGCCUGCCCAACGCAGCAGUGGGCUCCGGUGGCCACCGCCUGGUGUCGCCGGGAAGCCUGCUGCUGUGUGUGAACGGUGGAGACAGCGUCGGUGGCGGUAGUGGUGCAGCGGCAGUGGCGGAAGCAGCGGAAGCAGCAGGGCGGCAGCAGGAGCAGCGGCGGGUGCAGGAGGCGGAACGGCUGCUGCUGCCAGGGGGGCCUCCGCUGGAGCAGCUGCGCUGGAGCCGGCAGAAAGGAGCGGGGGCGCACGCAUCAGAGCCGUGGACUGCUGGUGCAACAGACCCAGGACUGUGUGUGCGGCUGCUGCUGCCCACAGCGGAUGCCACCUGGUCAGCAGCACACUAGCCGCGAAAGCAAGUGGCUGCAUGCCCACGCACCCUUGCCAUCAACAUGUGCGUAACUUGUCCACAGCCUCAGGUUCCUUUUCUUUGAUAAUUCGAAGCUUCCUGUUGCUCACAUGCACGUCGAGGUAUAUGCACGUCGAGGUAUGUUGUUCAUCGUUGAAGCGCGGCUUUGCGGGACCCGUGACGACGUUCAGGAUCUCUGACUCUUGACCCGUGACGUUGUCUUGAGUAGUGUCCCUUAUGCCGGCGCCCUGGCUCCGUUUAGCGCUUCGUAACUGCUGUCACAGAGUAAAUGACAAAAGGCAAAGGCAAGGCGCUUAACAAGGAUGAGCGUAGGGCCGUUGCGUUGGCCGUCAGGGGCAUGCUGCGGUGUGCGCAACGGGCGCGUUCCACUGGCUGCGAGGAUGCGAAUGGCAAUUUUUGUAGACUUUUGUCUGACGUGCGGUCUCACGUCCUAAUGGACGGCAAUCUGAGCUGCGCCUCCGACCGUAACUAUUUCGCGAGCA